ACAAAGAAGCAUGUGCAGAGUUUGCUUCACUGCUGUGUGGACUGAGCUGUAAAACGGCUGUAUUAUAGUAUGAAUGAGAAAUAUCAGGGCGAUAAAGUAACGAUGUGUUCAGUUGAGUAUCUGAGAGAGUUGAUCAGCGACAGACUAGCUGCUGCUGCUGGAGAAAUAUUCUCAGAGUUUGAAAAAACCAUCGUCCAGUACCAGGAGGAGAUCGAUCGUCAGCGCAGACUGCUGGAUGUCAUCUGGAAACCACACAUCCCCUUACAACCCACAGAGCUCCCACAGUCUUAUGUCUGUGAGAAUGAGAAGACUGUUGUUGACCAUCAGCCCCAUGACCAGGAGAGAAACUCCAUGGUGGAUCAUGAGGACCCAGAGCCUCCACGGAUUACAGAUCAGCAGGAGGAAUUCUGCACCAGUCAGGACCAAUCAAACCCAGAGAUUUCUCAAAUUAAAAUGGAACAGGAAGAAUUGUGCACCAGUCUGGACCAAUCAAACCCAGGGUUACCACAAAUUAAAGUGGAACAGGAUGAACUCUGCUCCAGUCAGGAGGAAGACUUAAUUGGAUUGAAACAGGAGACUGAUACCUUUGAGGUGACUCCUGCUGAUGAGGAAAGUGACCACAGUGAACUAAAACCAAACAGUGAUCAGCUCCUAUUUCACAUCUCUUGUGUAGCUGAGAGCCCAGAUCAGGAAGGAAGCAAGGAUGUAGACUCAGGAUCAACUAGAUGUAUCGACCUGAAACCAAGACAUCAGAGUAACAACAGUCACAGUAAUGAUGUAGACAAUGCUCCAACAUCAGCGAGACAGUGUGAUAAUGACAAGGCAACAAAAUCUGCAACUUGCAAAGUCUGUGGAAAAGCUUUUAGUUGUAAAUCAGAUUUAAUCAAACAUCACAAAACCCACACAGGUGAGAAGCCAUAUUCUUGUGAAACCUGUGGAAAAACCUUCAGUCAACGGGUCCAUUUGACUGUUCACAUGAGAUGUCACACAGGUGAGAAGCCGUAUGUUUGUGGAACCUGUGAAAAAAGCUUCAGUCAACGGACUUCUUUGACUGACCACAUGAGAUGUCACACAGGUGAGAAGCCAUAUUCUUGUGGAACCUGUGGAAAAAGCUUCCGUAAACAGGUCCAUUUGACUGUUCACAUGAGAUGUCACACAGGUGAGAAGCCGUAUGUUUGUGGAACCUGUGAAAAAAGCUUCAGUCAACGGACCUCUUUGACUGACCACAUGAGAUGUCACACAGGUGAGAAGCCAUAUUCUUGUGGAACCUGUGAAAAAAGCUUUAGUCAACGGACCUCUUUGACUGACCACAUGAGAUGUCACACAGGUGAGAAGCCAUAUUCUUGUGGAACCUGUGGAAAAAGCUUCAGUAAACGGGUCCAUUUGACUGUUCACAUGAGAUGUCACACAGGUGAGAAGCCGUAUGUUUGUGGAACCUGUGAAAAAAGCUUUAGUCAUGUACAUGUACAUGUUGUUUCAUAA